AGAUGAUCUUCUAGCUCAGCCAUGGGAGCAAAUUGUUCUGGAAUCAAAUACUGAUUCCAUGUGGGCCCUUUGGAAAAAGUUAUUUUUGGAAGUCUUGGAUAAGCAUGCCCCUGUUCAGCGUAUUAGAAAAAGAAAAUCCGGCGUUCCGUGGCUGGCUGGGGAAAUUAAAAAAAUUAUCUUUGAAAGAGAUAAAUUAAAGCGUGAGGCAAUGGUGACUGGUACCCAUGCUGCUUGGGAUAAGUACAAAUCAACUAGGAAUAAUGUCAAUAUUGCCCUACGACAAGCUAAAACAGAUUAUUUUCGCACUAAAAUAUCAAAUCAAAAUAAUAAUCCAAAAGAGGCUUGGAAGACAAUCAAUAACUUACUCGGUCGUUCUCCAGGUAAUACUGUUGUUAAUGAAUUAAAAUUUAAUGAUACAAAAAUUACCUCACCUGAAGAAAUUGCCAAUGCUUUUAAUACAUAUUUUACUGACAUUGGCCCUAACUUAGCUAGUUCUAUUGAUGAUACUGACAUUACGUUUGAUCGUUUCGUCAAACCAGCUACAUCAAAACUGACACGCUUUAAGUUAGUUUCACACACUAAAGUAGUCAAGCUUCUAAAUGGUUUAUCCAAUUCGAAAGCAACUGGUCUUGAUAAAAUAUCUGGAAAGAUCUUAAAAACUGCAGCCCAUACUAUUGCCUUAUCACUCACACACAUCUUUAAUCAUGCUAUCAUAACAAGCUGUUUUCCAUAUGAAUGGAAAGCUGCUAGACUUCUACCACUUCAUAAAAAGGGUCCACGAGAUCUCCCAGAAAACUAUAGGCCAAUCUCAAUCUUACCUGCAAUAAGUAAAGUUAUGGAAAGAAUUAUGUAUGAUCAGAUCUACGAAUACCUUAACGACAAUUCGAUCCUUUCUGAACACCAAUUUGGUUUCCGCAAAUCUCAUUCAACUGCUUCGGCUCUUUUGGAUUGCACGAACAGUUCGUACGUUAAUAUGGACCGCAAAAUGUUUAAUCUGGUUGUAUUAUUGGAUUUAAAAAAGGCCUUUGAUACUGUAAACCAUGAUAUUUUGGUGCGAAAACUUGAGCUAUACGGUAUCAAUGACAGUGCCUUAACCAUGAUACAAUCAUACUUGUCUGAUCGCAAAACAGAAAUGCCAACUGGAGACGUAAUGUCAUCUGAGCGGCAUGUGACAUGCGGUAUUCCACAGGGAUCCAUCCUUGGUCCACUUCUCUUCCUCUUAUAUAUAAAUGAUCUUCCAGAAUGUCUUCAUGAAGCUGCCCCUCGGCUAUUUGCCGAUGACACCACUCUUACGGUAGCUGGUGAGUCAAUAGAGGAAGAUGAGUUGGCCAUGAAUAAUGAUCUCCUUAGUGUACAUACCUGGCUUUUAGCCAACAAACUGAGUCUCAAUGCUUCAAAAACCGAAUUUAUACUUAUUGGUUCAAAUCACAGAUUAACGAACCUUACUAAUCAACCAAAUAUAAAAAUAGAUCAAGGCAAAAUUAAGCAAGUUCAUCAUAGUAGAUUACUUGGGGUUCAAAUUGAUGAAAAAUUGUCUUGGAACAAGCAUGUUGAAAGCGUGGCCAAGAAGGUUACUUCUGGUGUAGGAGCUUUAAGAAGAAUACGUGACUUUGUCGAUAGGGAAACCUUGAUCUCUAUCUACAAUGCUUUAGUUCGCCCUCAUUUCGAUUAUUGCAGUGAGGUAUGGGAUACCUUGGGCAUUGGCCUUUCAACUCGACUUCAAAAACUGCAGAAUACAGCGGCGAGAAUAGUAAUGAGUAUGACAAAUGAUACCCCUGGAUUAGAAGCAAUUACUGCCUUAGGGUGGGAAACUCUUGAGUCUCAACGAGCUAAGUCUAAAGCAGUACAAAUGUACAAAGUUUUAAAUGAUUUGUCCCCAAAUGCACUUGUUAAUCUUUUUAUGCGUAAAAGUGAUGUCACAGAUUACGAGCUUGGGGGUUCCUCUACAUCACUGCAAAUCCCUUUUCCCAGGACUGAAAAUAUUAAGAAAAGUUUUUCUUACGAUGGGGCGAAAUUGUGGAAUUCCUUACCUGAAGAUUUGCGUGAUUCGGCUACCUUGCCAAUAUUUAAAAGUCGAAUUAGUGCUCACAAUUUCUCAUAAUAUAAUGUAAAUAUAAUUAUUAUGGUAUAAUAUUACGUUGACUAUUGUAAAUAUGUUCAUUUUUAAUGUUUGUUACUAUUUAUAAUGUAACUGACACGCCCCUCGUGGAAAUCAGCGAAAGUUGACGAGGCUAGCGUGUGAUUUUUAAAUAAAGUUUAUCAUCAUCAUCAUUUCACAAGGCCGUUUCACGAGGCGUAUCUGACGAAUAAAGUUGUGUGCCCGAUGGCUGAAUGCUUGGAAAACUUUCGUUUUUUUAAAGAAAGUGGACUUGCGCAUCAUUUCCGCACUGUUCACAACCGACAGAUGGUGCCGCAAGAUACGAAGAAUUCAGCUUUGGCCAUGAAACGUAUGUUUGGCGAAGAAACUUUAAGAUUUAUUAAAUAUAUCUCUGAGAGGAAAUCCGAGGUGAGCUUUUUGAAUGAUUAGUUUAUUUACCCACAAAUAAUAUUUACAAGUUGAAUAUUUAAGAAUAUAUAAACGGGCUAGAGACCUCUGGAAAUCCUGUUGGACUUUUAAGACGAGGCCCCUAUAGUUUUAGUGUUCAGUAAUAUAAAACUAGAUUAUGUACAUAAAGACAAUUUGCAAUGAAAAACACAAAGUAUUUACAAACAAAUAUGGAAAAUGUUUAAGGAAUAUUUAGUACAUUACAGAAUACUGUCAUUAAUAUUCCUGAAAUAUUUACAUCAACUAGACAUCAAGUAAUAAGAUUUUGCAGUUUUCUUAAAAGAAAAAUAAGAUUUAAUAUUUUUAAUUUCCUCAUCAAGGUAAUUCCAUAUAGAAACUCCUUUGUUAAAUACAGUGUAUUUGCGAUAGUUUGUUCUCUUAUAGCUCACAUGUAACUUGGUAGAAUUUCGAGUAUUAUAGUUGUAUAGUUCGUUAUUUUGUUUGAAGUAAUCAUUAUAAAAGUCCGGGAAAUUUUGACAAUAAUUGAAGCGAUACAUGAAUAAGCUGCAUAGAUAAUCAUUAAUUUUGUAGAUAUCCAAGAUUUUCAAUUGUAAAAAUAUUGGUUCAGAAUGAUCCAUAUAAGAUUUAAAACAGAUUAGUCGUACAAUUUUCUUUUGCACAUUUAGUAACUUUUGUAACCUUGUUGGGUAUGUACUUCCCCAAACUAGAUUUCCGUACGUGAGGUAUGGAUAGACCAAUGCAUAGUAAAUCAAUUUCGAAGUGUUUUUGUUCGUAAAAUGUCUUAGUUUAGCAAUCAGACCCGCAGAUUUAAUUAUGUUUUUCAGAACGGAGUUGAUGUGGUUCUUCCAUGUCAACUCUUGAUCAAUUAAUACACCUAGGAAUUUUACCCAAGGUACUUGUUCAACUAUAUCAUUAUUUAUUUUUACUAUGAUUUCUUGAUGCUGUGACUUUUUUUUUUAUUUAAAAAUGACAAAUUUUGUUUUCGAUGCAUUGAUUGAUAAUUUAUUGGCGUUAAGCCAUUGCACUACUUCAUUCAUUUCAUUUUGUAUAGUACUAGCUAAAGUUUUUAGGCACGAAUUUGAAUAAAAGGCAUUUGUAUCAUCGGCAUAUAAGACAGAAGAAAGAAUUUUACUGCAGUUUUCAAUGUCAUUAAUGUAUAUUAGAAAUAGUAGUGGUCCAAGAAUUGAACCCUGUGGGACGCAAGUCCUAACACUCAUUUCAGUUGACCUAUGUUGUUUAUAUUUGACUAUUUGAGUCCUUUCCUGUAAAUAAUUUAUAAACCAUUGUAGACCUAUACCUCUAAUUCCAUAGUGUUGAAGUUUUUUAUGAGAAUUUCGUGAUUGACAGUGUCGAAGGCUUUAGAGAGAUCAAGGAAUAUACCUACAGUAUAUUUACCUUCAUCUAUUGCUUUGGAUAUUUUAUCGGUUAGUUCAAGAAUGGCAUGCUCAGUUGAUCUAUUUUUUCUGAAACCAAAUUGAUGUUCUGAAAGUAUACGAUGUUUUUCAACAUAGUUAAUUAAUCGCUUGUGCAUAAGUUUUUCAAGUAGUUUUGAAAAACAAGUUAAUACCGAUAUAGGUCGAUAGUUUUCAAAUAGAUUAUUUUCCUUAGCUUUGAAAAUAGGAGUAACUAAAGCUAUUUUCAAAAAAAUUGGUAUUUUUCCAGUUUCAAAUGAUAGAUUAUAAAUAUAUGUUAGAGGUUUAAUUAUUUCUUCACUGAUGAUCUUUAUCAUUUUCGCGCUUAUGUCAUCAUGUCCUGCACUUUUAGUUUCACUUAAGUUAUUAAUCUCAAUUUGCAGCUCAUAUUCAGUCACAGGUUCUAUAAACAUACUUUCAACAUAGUUGCCAUUAAGGUAGCUUUCAUACGUUAUGUUAUCAUUUUUGGGAUUUUUUUUCGCUAGUUGUGGACCAAUUUUCACAAAAUAUUCGUUAAAUUUGUUAGCAAUUUCCAGAGGAUUUAAAACAUUAUUAUUUGAAUUCUUCUGUAAAAAAGUAUCGGGUAGUUUUGAUCUGGUUUUAUUUCUGUUAAGAACUUCGUUAAUAGUUUGCCAUGUCUUUUUAAUAUCAUUUUUAUACUUAAGAAAUUGUGUUUCAUAAAAGGCCUUUUUUGCGGUUUUUAUUACGUGAUUCAGUUUGUUUUUGUAUUUUUUAUAGGCUGUUUCAUUUCUAUAAGAUGGCUUUUUUAGAAAAUUUUUAUAGAGUUUAUUUUUCUUGGAUAUAGAUUUAAAUAUACCAAUUGUCAUCCAGUGACUUUUUGUGUGAUCCACAGUUUUCUUUUUUAUUUUUGCUAAAGGAAAACAUCUAUCAAUUGCUACCUUCAAAUUAUUGUGAAUUUUCGUGAUAUUUUGCAAAUAAAAAGCUUCGAGUAAUGUAUUAUAUUUUUUGUGCGCAAAUAUAUUCAAAUUCAUGCGUGUAAUAUAAUAUGCACAUAAUUUUAUAUACAUGUGCUUUUAACUUUUACGAAAACAUUAGCUAGCAAUCAACCGGUACUUGGUUCAAAGUUUCAUGCAAAGGAAAUUCUGAUGUAUUUGCCCAAGAUGCAAAGGAAGCCUCAAAAAUUUAUGGAAUGUAUCUGCUGCAUUCUGGAAAUCUGAAGUCAUAUGCUGACAAAGAUAAUGCGUGUCGUAUAUCAGUACGGUAAUCUUCAGGAGAAGCACGCUUUAAUGCUUGGCAUACCAAGCAACCGAUGGAAGAAGGCAUUGAAGGAACAGUCGUUUUUGUUGAAUGCUGCCAUAUGAAAAAGGUACAGUAAUUUUGUGUUAUUUUCUCAAAAUACUUCACAGUCUGAACAGUGCAGACUGCACUGACUGAAAAUCAUAAAAUGUGCUGUACUGCUGUUUAGUUGUGCUUCACAAUGUUGUUUAUACUGUUCAACACAGUUAAACACAUGACAUUAAAUACUGCUUAAUGUAAACUUUCCCCUUGACUUCAUUAGGAAUUGAAUGUGAUUUAUGUGUGUGCCUGAAUGAAUGGAUAUGUCACAUAAAUUUAAUCAAAUUUGAAAUGAACAUUAUAAUAUUUACAAUUAUUAUUUAUUAUUAAUGUCACUUAUGAUCGGUUUAAAACAGAAUUCAAUUGAAUAUUCCAUAAUAUACAAAUGAUAAAAGAAAUAUUCCACAAUAAAUGAUUUAUAUUAAAUAACAUUCCAUAAAUUCCAUAAAAAAUAAUAUUUCAAAAUAAUGAAUAAUAUUCAUAAUAAAUGAAUUAUUAUUCAGGCUGUUUCUUGAAUUUUUAUAGUACUUGCAAAAUAUACCAGCUCAAGAUCAAAUUCAUUCUGUUACGAUACAACAAUUGCAAGGGAGCACCAACUAUCUAUCUACCACUAGUUCUGAUGCAUCAUCCAAGAAAAUGAGUGUGUUGCAAACCAUAUUUGGGUAUGAAAAGUUCAAGGGCAGACAAGAAGAAGCAAUCGACGCCAUCCUUUCCGGCAGUGAUUGUUUAAUUAUUCUCCCUACUGGUGCUGGAACAACACUGUGCUAUUCAAUUCCAGCUAUAAUAGCUGGUGGAUUGACGGUUGUCAUUUCUCCACUCCUGUCACUGAUGCUCGAUCAAGUACAACAUUUAAGAUCUAAGGGUCUUAAUGUUGCAGACAUUAAUUCCUCAGUGGCCGAUGAUGAUCAAAAUACCAUCAUACAUAACAUGGUAUCUGGCAACUCACCCUAUAAUUUUGUAUUUGUCACACCAGAGAAUGUUGGAACAGAGGAGAUGAAAAGUGCAUUUCAGACUAUAAAAACAAAUGGUAGACUGAAAUACAUUGUAAUUGAUGAAUGCCACUGUGUCGACAUGUGA